AUGAGCCUUCCAUCAAAAGAAGAACAAUUCAAAAUAAUGGCAGCCGAAAAGCUCGUCAAUGCCAUGGAAAAUAUGGAGAAAGCAAAGAGGGGAACGGAAACAAAAAUUCAUGGAAGCCAUGCAGCAAGGAAAGGAUCGAAAUCAGCGCUCGAACUUUUUGGGGCAUUAUUCAUCGGCUCUCGUAAAAGCAUUGACUCGGAGAGACCGUUGCUGAAGAACUCUAUCGUCUCCCCGCCAACCCUCAUUUCGAGUACGGUCAAAGAUAUCGCGCUACGAGAGUUGCCGAGUGCGGCCUCCAGCGCCGAGCGAAAUCACCGAGACAACACGACGACCCGUGAAGCGAUGAGAGAGAUGCUCUCCCGACCGGGUCCCUACCCACAAAUCGUCACUCAAUCCUCGGGAUUCUGGAUGGACGGCGUGUCCAGCUCAAAUCUAGCGAUCGACGAGGAGAUCGGGCAGAGCCACUCGAAUGCCCACCAAACAAACAGCUGUGCCCGGUUCAAGCUGGAAAUGGAUGACACCGGCAAUUGCUAUCGGAGGCAUUUUUAUGGACGAGAACACCACGAUUUCUACGCAAACGAUCCACAAUUGGGCCCACUAGUGCUUUCGGUUCGCACAGAAACCAUCUCCUCGCAGGAUCAUUUCCGGAUAAUGUUGAGGACGAAACAGGGCACAAUUCACGAGAUCGUCCCGGCUAGUGCAUUGGCUGACAAGCCAUCCGCGUCUCGUAUGGCCCGACUGCUCUGCGAUGAGGUGUCCACGGAUAAAUUCUGUCCGGUCGCUUUUCCGGGUGGUUCCGAGAAAAUUGUCGAAUACGACGAGCACGUGCUGACGAACACCUACAAAUUCGGUGUGAUCUACCAGAGAAAGGGUCAAGUGACAGAAGAGGAGCUAUUCGGGAACGCGAUUCCGUCACCGGCUUUCGAGGAAUUUCUGGGGAUACUUGGGGACACGAUCGAGCUGCAAGGAUUUACGCGUUACCGCGGAGGUUUGGACACGACGCACGGGCAAACGGGUCGCCAAGCGGUUUACACGGAUUUUCGCGGUCGUGAAUGCCUCUUCCACGUCUCCACGAUGCUCCCGUUCACCGUUGGAGACACGCAACAGUUGCAGCGUAAACGGCACAUCGGAAACGACAUUGUGGCCGUGGUUUUUCAAGAGGAGAACACGCCAUUCGCGCCCGAUAUGAUCGCCUCGAAUUUCCUGCACUCUUACAUUGUUGUGCAACCGGUUGACGCAUGCACCGAGAAAGUUCGCUACAAGGUGGCUGUAACGGCUCGCGAUGAUGUUCCAUUUUUUGGCCCAACCCUCCCGGCACCGCCAAUCUUCCGAAGAGGCCAAGAUUUCCGAAAUUUCCUGUUGACGAAGUUGAUCAACGCUGAGAAUGCCGCGUACAGGAGUACGAAAUUUGCGAAACUCGCUGAACGCACUCGCAGCUCCCUGUUAACGGACCUAUUCGAUUUCCUGAAGCAACGAGCCGAAUUCUACGGUUUACCGCUUUUGGAAUCGGUCGAAUUGCCGCCACCGUCCACUGGGAUCAUCCAAUCCGUUAAAAAAGCGCUGAGUGGAAGAUCGCGGUCGGUGUCCCAAGACGUGAACGGUGCGUCUACGCCGACAGCGCGGACCACGUCGAUGUCAAUGCCGCAACGACAGUACACAGCUCCACCGAGGCGAAUCGCACACUCGGAGACUCUCUCGAAAUCGAGCAGCUCUUCGCAGGACAGCCGCGAGAACGGCCAGCACUCACCGCCGCAUUUGCCCGACGAUAAAGAAUCUCGCGACUCGCUUUUCGACGAAAUCGAUUCGGCACACGUUUCAACUGGCUCAAACGGAGUGCGAGGCGUUCAGAAAAGAAUCAUUCACCGCCAUUUAUCAUCCUCGAUCCACAAGCACUCGCCGAGUCAGACAAGAGAGCGUCGAACCGACUGGGAGAGCUCGUCAACGGAGGAAGCCGAGCAAGAGCACGACUCCGACACGGGAAUGGAAUCGCUUUCGUCGGCGGAUCUGCACUCAAAUACGCGUUUAUCGUGUUCAUUUUGUGCUGAGGACAUGCUGUUGACGUCGCCAGCAAGGCUGGAGACGAUUCACGGAGUCGACAAUCAUCAGCACAUCAUUUUAAAGCACAACGGGCACAAUGGAGAGGUCAAAAGCGGGAACAGAACCGCUCACCUGACCGACGAGUUGAACCGGGCGAACGAGGAGAUCGCCCGGCUGAAGCGGCUACUGAAAACGGCACCGGACGGGCAUUCGGUGGCCACCGUACACCAGGCUACCGUGCACCAGCCGGCCACAGUACAUUUGCCGAGGUCGACCGCCGAAGAGGUCACCGUGUCCCAGCAGCCGAACACCACCAACAUCACGAUCGUGUCAGCGCAA